UAAAUUAUCAUAUGAUUCCUAUAGUCCACACCAUUUACAUGGUAUAAUUCCCCUCUCUUUUUGAUUAAAAAAAAAAAAAAGUUUCAAACUUUCGAUGGAUACAAGACAGAGAAGCAUUAGAAUAGCAAUGUUACCAUGGCUAGCUCAUGGUCAUAUAUGUCCUUUCAUAGAGUUAGCCAAAGCACUUUCCAAGAGAAAUUUCUACAUCUACAUAUGUUCAACACCAGUCAAUAUCAAUUCAUUCAAACAAACAGUAUCUGAAAAAGAUUCAAUAGCAAUAAAGAUAGUAAAAAUUCACCUUCCAAAUUUACCAGAACUUCCUCCACACUACCACACAACUAAUGGCUUACCACCCCAUCUCAUGUCUACUCUAAAAAAUGCAAUGGAUAUGGCUAAACCUAGCUUUUCCAAUAUUCUUAAUACUUUAAAACCAGAUGUAGUUAUGUAUGAUUUUCUUCAACCAUGGGUUCCAACUAUGGGUACUUCAAUGAAUAUACCUUCUGUUUUGUUCCUUACACCUGGUGCUGCAGCAGGUUCUUAUCUUUUUCAUAUCGGUAGAAAGAAACCUGUUCCUGAAUACCCUUUUCCAUCUAUAUACCUAAGGGAUCAUGAGUACGAGAGGAAUAAACAUAUGUUUGAACCAACUGAAGAUGAUGGAUUUACAGAUACACAGAGAAGAGUCAAUGGAUGCACUGAUGGAUCAUCUGAAAUUAUCUUGAUUAAGUCAUUCAGAGAACUAGAAGGGAAAUACUUAGAUUAUCUCUCAACUUUAUGCAAUAAGAGGUAUAUUCCAGUUGGACCCCUUGUUAGAGCACCAGAAACAGAGAAUGAUCAUUCAGAGAUCAUGGACUGGCUAAACAGUAAACAAAGAUGUUCCACAGUUUUUGCUUCAUUUGGUAGUGAAUAUUUCCUUUCCAAAGAAGAAAUACAAGAAUUAGCUCUUGGUCUAGAACUCAGCAAGGUAAAUUUCUUGUGGGUUGUUAGAUUCCCAAUAGGACAAAAAAUAAGUCUUGAAGAAGCUCUUCCAAAAGGUUUUCUUGAAAGAAUUGGGAAAAGAGGAAAAGUAGUAGAAGGAUGGGCCCCACAGCUAAGAAUAGUAGGUCAUUCGAGUAUCGGAGGAUUUGUGAGUCACUGUGGAUGGAGUUCAGUAAUGGAAGGACUUAAACUUGGAGUUCCAAUAAUAGCCAUGCCAAUGCAUCUUGAUCAACCAUUAAAUGCUAAGUUGAUAGUAGAUGCUGGGGUAGGGGAAGAGGUUGUUAGGGACAAAGGUGGAAAUCUUGGUAGAGAAGAAGUGGCAAAGGUUAUAAGGAAAGUGGUUGCAGAGAAAAGUGGACAAAGAUUGAGAAAAAAAGCAAGAGAGUAUAGUGAGAUUUUGAAGAGUAAUGGAGAGAAAGAAAUAGAUCAAGUUGUGGAAGAGUUGCUAAGACUUUGUAAGGAUAACAAGAAGGCUGGACUCUGUUGAAAUGCUUUACUGAAUUUUCUCCUGGUUUUUUCUUUCCUUUUGUUUUUGUAUUUACUUUCCAACAAAUAAUAGAGACAAAAAUAGAGAUAGAUUGGCAUGCGUUACAGGUAUAGAUAUGCUUUUGUAUGAGAUGGGUGCCCACAAUGAGUUUAAAUACUUUGGUUAACAAUGAAUUAUUUCCAUUA